AUGUUCCUGUGCGGGGGUUUGACAAGAUGCUCGCUUCGAAGAGGCAGCGGUACGCCGGAGACUGGCUUGCGCCUGAUCAAGAAGCUUAUGCAGAAAGACGUGCUGUAUCUUAUGGUGGCCAAUCUCCCUAGCCAGGGAGAGACACGGGAGUCUGUAGCUCAACUUGAGCAUAUGAUGGAGCAAGCUAGGGAUGGCUCUUACUGA